AUGGUUUUCCCCUAUGAUGGAAGGGUCGAGAUUUUUCUCCAAAAUCACUCUUUGCUUUUGAAGAAUGUGCAACAAGCCGACAGUGGACGUUACACUGCAGGUGUUUUCGGGGACAAUAACACUUAUGUGGGUAAAUACAGCGUCACAGUUCAAGAUCCAGUGUCUCCGGUUAAUGGGACAGUGGACUUACUCUCCAAUAGCUCCGACUCCUGUAACCUCACAGUGACCUGCAGCACACAGGACUCCCAUCGCAUCAACAGCACUUUUAGAUGUGACACCAACACCUGCAGCCAGGAGGAGGGAGGAGAGAGGUCCAAGGUCACGACCUCCGGCACCUCCCUCCGUGUCUACCUGUCCAAAGGCUUCUCAGUUAUCGGUGACCAUAGCAACCAGGUCAGCUCCGACGAGCACACAACAAUGAUUCGGGACUUUUGUUUCUCAAAUCCUGCCCCUGAACCACCGGACGCUUUCGUCGCCUUUGUCUCUGUCACUGUCAUUAAGGUUUUGGUGAUAAUUGCCAUAACAGCAGCUUUUGUUGGACAUCGAAUAAAAGGAAAACAUGAAAGUGUGGACACGGAAAAUACAGUGUACGAAGAUGUUCAGGUCAAAAUCGUGAACACCACUUCUGGAUCAGAAUCCAACCGAUGAUGCUGCAGCUCCUUCUCCGUCCUCCAUCUACAGCUUGAUCGAAGCAGGUCCAUGAAAUCCACUGAGGCCGGAGACACGACUCAGCCUGAGAGCCUGUAUGCUCAGGUGGACAAGUCGGCCCUGGCCUGAAGAAAAUCUGAAAUUGUCUUCCACAUUCUGCAUUUUGGACAAUUUCCAGUAUUAUUGUUGCCGUGAGUCAUGUUAUAUUUUCCCUGGGAAGUUUUUUUUUUGUUUUCAUCCAGAACCAGAACCAGGAGCAUCUGGAACAGCUCCGCCCACUUUAAAACUGUUAUUGUAAUAU